UGCUUUCUUUAACCAAUAAGGUGUCUUAUUAAAAUGCCGCCAUAUCUGCAUUGUUUUGUUAAAUAACAUCUCACCGAAAUUUAUGUUGCAUAAUGAUACAUUGAGUUACAAUUGUUUUUUUUGUUUCUUUUGUUAAAAAUACGUGUAAUUAUAAUACUUAAUAUUUCAUUCUUCUUAUAUAUUAAUCGUUAACAAUGCCACGUGAUAUACGAUCUUAUUUCACUUGCACUACUAAAAAAUCUACGGAUCAAUCUACGGAUAAAUCUGCGAAUAAAUCUAUGGGUAAAUCUACUGUCAAAAAGAAAAAAAGAGCAAUAAUCUCGUCUGACGAAGAGGACACAAAGUCAUGUGCUGUGGUAAAACGUACCAAGUUGACAAAGAAAAUUAACAAGCAUCAUGUUUUAUCUGAUUCUGAUGACGAAGUUCAGAUAAACUCAAGUACUAAAAAUAAAAAGGCUGAAGUCCAACUGGUUAAUGAUGUAAAAAAUGUAUCUCAUAUCAAAAAUGAACCAGAAAACACAAUUUCACCAGCAGAAAUGUUUAGUAAAACAUCAGUGACAAGAGAAACAAUACCAAGAGUGAAGAAGAAGCCGAAGAAACAGGAGGCUAAAACUCACUUAGAUGACGAGUUUGAAUUUACAUUGAGCAAGUUAGAUACAACAAUAAUUGAAAAAGAAUACUUACAAAAUGUCGAUGAAGAUGAACCUCAAAACAAAGACGACCGGAAAGAUGAGAAAGAGAAGAAGCAUAAUAAGUCUGUCGAUGAUGAAAUAUCUUACAAAAAACAAGAUAUAAAACAAGGAGAUAAAUCUUCCAGUAAUAAAGAGUUUUCUUUCACCAAUGUAGAACAUAAUAUUGAUAAAAAAAUGAAAAACUCUCCUAAGAAAUCAUUGAAACGUUCUAAUCAUACUUCUACGAUAGAAAUUGAACCUAAAAGAUCGAGAAAAGAGAAUGCUAACAGUUCAAUAUCAGAUGAAUAUGAAGAAAGAAUUCAAAUGAAAAAACAAAAUUCAAUAUUAUAUCAGAAAUAUCUUCAAAGGGGUGGUGCAAGAAAUCCUGGCUCUAAAGAAGUUCCGCAGGGUGCAGAAUAUUGCUUAGCAGGUCUAAGUUUUGUAAUAACAGGUGUUUUGGAUUCCUUAGAAGAUAAUGAAGCUAAAGAAUUAAUUACAAAGUAUGGUGGUCGUAUUUUGCACCAAGUAUCGAAAAACACAGAUUAUCUCAUAGUAGGCGAAGAAUAUGGACCUGUAAAGAUGGCAAAGGCCAAUGAAUUAAAGAUAAAGAAAAUAUCCGAAGAUGACUUGUUGGAAUUAAUAAGAACAAGACCUAAAGGAAAAGCUGAAGAUGUAAAGCAAUCUCGUGCAAGAUCGAAAGAAAAACCAAUGUCAAAGGUAGAACCUUGUGUAAUGCCAAAACUGCACAAAACUAUGAAAGAAACAAUGGAACCUAUAAAAAGAACAGUGGAACCUGUAAAGGAAACAGCAGAACUUGUGAAUGAAACAGUAAAAUCUGUGAAAGAAACAGUAGAAUCCGUGAAAGAAACAGCAAAACCUGUGAAAAAUAUAGAGUCUUCAGUAACGAAACUAGAUACUGAAGUAGCGAAUAAUACUAUAAUAACGGAGAAUUGUGAAGCAUUAGUUGAUAAAUACAGACCAAAAACUAUGAAACAAAUAUUAGGACAACAAGGGGAUAAAAGUUCUGCAAAGAAGUUAUAUACUUGGUUAUUAAAUUGGCAUAAAAAUCAAAAUGGAACUAAGAAACAUAUUAAACCUAGUCCUUGGGCAAAAAAUGAUGAUGGAGCAUUUUUCAAAGCUGCUCUGUUAUCUGGAUCACCAGGUAUUGGUAAAACUACUACUGCUCAGGUUGUAUCUAAUGAAUUAGGUUUCGAUCUGUUAGAAUUUAAUGCUUCUGAUACAAGAAGUAAGAAACUUUUAAAAGAAGGAGUUUCUGAAAUUCUAUCGAAUACAACAAUAAAAACCUACUUCAGUAAUCAAAAAGGAGAAGAGAAAGCUAAGCAUGUAUUAUUAAUGGAUGAAGUUGAUGGUAUGGCUGGUAAUGAAGAUCGUGGAGGUUUGCAGGAAUUAGUCAGUUUAAUCAAAUCUACGGAUGUACCAAUAAUUUGUAUUUGCAAUGACCGAAACAAUCCGAAAAUGAGAACACUCUCCAAUUAUACAUUUGAUCUCAAAUUUCAAAAACCAAGAUUAGAGCAAAUUAGGGCGGCAAUGAAGUCAAUAUGUUAUAAAGAAAAUAUACAAAUAUCUACAGAACAACUUGAUCGCUUAAUUGAAUCAACUAAUCAAGAUAUUCGUCAAGUGAUUAAUCAUUUGUCAUUAGUCGAAAAAUCUGAUAUCGUAAAAAAGACAGAUAGUAAACCAAAUAAAGAUUUGAAAUUGGGUCCUUGGGACGUAGUGAAAAAGGUUUUAAGUUUCGAAGAGAACAAAAAUAUGAGUAUUAAUGAAAAAAGUGAUCUUUUCUUUCACGACUAUAAUAUAGCAUCGUUGUUUGUGCAAGAAAAUUAUCUUUCAGUUAUGCCUACAGCACCGAAAACUGAAUUAUUAGAAAGAGUCGCACAAGCUGCGGAGAGUAUAGCAUUAGGAGAUGACAUAGAAAAAGAAAUUCGAAGUAACAAUGCCUGGUCCCUUUUGCCAAUCCAAGCUUGUUUUUCUUCAGUUAUUCCUGGUAAUAUGAUGUCCGGAGAUAUAAAAAAUCAAAUUAAUUUUCCAUCCUGGCUUGGGUGUAACUCGAAAAAGAAUAAAUUUGAUAGAUUAUUGCAAGAGAUAACUGUACAUACUCGUUUAACUACUGGUGCGAGUAAGGAAGCUGUCAAUUUAGAUUAUUUAAAUCAUAUAAGAGAUGCAAUUAUUAGAUCUUUGGUUAACGGUGCUGAAGGAGUAGAUGAAGCAGUUAAAGUUAUGAACCAUUAUCAUUUGUUAAGAGAGGAUUUAGAUUCCUUAAAUGAAGUUUCUUUAUGGCCAGGACAACGUAAUUCACUUCAAGCUGUUGAUAGUAAGGUACUAGCAGCAUUUACUAGAACAUAUAACAAGAAAUCUGGUGGUGUACCUUAUACUAUUAAUAGCAGUAAAGUAAAAAAAUCUACAAUGGCUUCGCAAGAAAAUUUAGAAUUUGUAGAAGAUGAUAUAAAUUCAGAUGAGGAAGAAGAUAACAUCAAUACUGAUAAAAUGAUUAAGGCAAAAAAGCCAACGGCAAAAAAUACAAAAGAAACGGAAAAAAAAAGUAGUGAAAAACCUUCCACCAAACGUGGAAAAAAAAAAUAAUUUUUUAUAAGGAAAUAUAUGCAUGUAUUGUCAUGCGUAAUUACAUACUACAUAUAGUUGCUUUCUAUGAUUUAUUAAAGUAAAUGUUCUGUUCAAAGUACGAUUCAUGGCAAACAAGUACAAAUCUGUAAGACUUUUAAGUUAUAUGGUAUGUCUGUUCUGUUUUUCAUUAAAAACAUAUCUAGUUUCUACAUA